AUGAGGACCUCUACGUCUGUUUGUGUAACGGCUGCUUCUACAGUACAGGACUCCUGGUUGGAAGAUCUUGCUCACUGCACAAGUAAGGCGAAAGUGCAACAUCGAAUUGAGAAACAAGACACCAAUAUGAGGGAUUCUAUAUCUGCAUUAGCUCGACUGGAGGCAACACUCUUAUUUCUCAGCACUGGAGCCAGCUACUCAUCACUCCAGUAUUCUACACGAAUUUCUAAGCAGAGUUUGUCACAAAUAGUACCAGACACCUGCCAAGCAAUAUAUGAGCUGAAGGAUGAGUAUCUGCAGACGCCUAGUACCCCAGAGAAAUGGAAAAGUGUGGCAGACGGCUUCAACACAAGAUGGAACUUCCCAAACUGUCUGGGGUCAAUUGAUGGAAAGCACAUUGCCAUAACGGCUCCAGCUGGUAGUGGUUCCUAUUAUUACAAUUAUAAAGGCAACUACAGCGUCGUGCUAUUGGCCAUAUGUGAUGCAAAUUCUGAUUUCAUAUAUGUUGACGUUGGUAGAAAUGGGAGAGUGUCCGACGGUGGUGUGUGGGACAUGAGUAAUAUGAAUGUGUGCAUUGAAAAUGGAAAUGCAGGUCUACCACCGGAUUCCAUGCCUCCUGGGAGUGAGAGGACACUGCCAUACGUUUUUGUUGCAGAUGACGCUUUUCCAUUAAAACGUCAUAUCAUGAAACCAUUCCCACAUAGUAAUCAGAACCGUUCUGAACGCAUUUUCUCAUACUGUCUCGCUCGGGCUCGAUGUACAGUAGAAAAUGCAUUUGGAAUCCUAGCCAACAGAUUUCGCGUGUUCCUCACACCAAUUAAUCUGCCUCCUGGGAAGGUUGAUAACAUUGUCCUAGCAUGCACGACUCUCCAUAACUACCUACGCAGAGACCAUGUUAGUACAUAA